CUCUACCCCGAAGCAGCACAGCGCGCGACAGGAGUCAGAAAUGAAAGCAGGAGCGACACCUUUUUGCGCAUUUCUCUAUAGGAAGUAUUCCAAAUGGCUUGAUUCACAAGUCUUUUCACGCGUUUGAUCUCUGGUUGGGACUGAUUACUGCGCGCUUCGACGGACUUUUGGUUACCAUUACGCCUUUUUAUAUAUACAUUUGGAUAGGAGACUGCAGCUUCAAGAGAGACCCACUUGGGACAGCUGAGAACACAGCGGGGAAACACCAUGAACAGCUGCUGGUUUGCGCUGGUCGGAUUGUGGUGGACUGCGUAUUACUGCAUGUUCCUGGUGGCGGGGAGUAACUAUUCACUGGAUGGAAACAACGAGGUGCACCCGGGAUUCAUCCACCGGCGGCUGCGGACGCACGAGAAGAGGGAGAUGCAGAAGGAGAUCCUGUCCAUCCUCGGGCUGCCGCACAGACCGAGACCGCAUCCGUCACACGGGAAAUACAACUCCGCUCCACUUUUCAUGCUGGACUUAUACAACACCAUAUCCAACGAGGAGAAGAGCCGGGUGGAGGGCAUCGUGGACCGGUACGAACCCAUGCAGACGACCCCGAGUCCUCCUCUUGCCACAUAUCAAGAAAGUGCCUUUCUAAAUGACGCAGAUAUGGUCAUGAGCUUCGUUAACCUUGUGGAGUACGACAGGGAGCUCUCUCCGCAGCGGCGUCACCACAAGGAGUUUAAGUUCAACCUCUCACAGAUCCCAGAGGGCGAGGCCGUCACCGCAGCAGAAUUCCGCCUCUACAAGGAGUGUGUGAGCCGCGCCUUCCGCAACGACACCUUCCUAGUCAAAGUCUACCAGGUGGUCAAGGAGCAUCCUCACAGAGAGGCAGACCUCUUCCUGUUGGAGUCCCGCAGGCUGUGGGCGUCCGAGGAGGGCUGGCUGGAGUUUGACAUCACGGCCACCAGCAACCUGUGGGUGAUGAGCCCGGUACACAACCUGGGCCUGCAGGUCAGCGUGGAGACCAGCGGCGGGCGGAGCAUCAGCUCCAAGGAGGCGGGGCUAGCCGGACGCAAUGGCGCGCUGGAGAAGCAGCCUUUCAUGGUGGCCUUCUUCAAAGUCAGCGAAGUGCACAUCCGGUCCGCCCGCUCUGCCGGCGGUAAGCGGCGCCAGCAGAACCGCAACCGGUCCACGCAGCCACAGGACGGAUCCAGGGGGCUAGGCCCGGCAGAUUACAACAGCAGCGAUCAGAAGACGGCGUGCAGACGACACGAGCUCUACGUGAGCUUCAGAGAGCUGGGCUGGCAGGAUUGGAUUAUCGCUCCUGAAGGCUAUGCAGCCAACUACUGUGACGGAGAGUGCUCCUUCCCCCUGAACGCCCACAUGAACGCCACCAACCACGCCAUCGUUCAGACUCUGGUGCACCUGAUGAACCCGGAGAACGUGCCGAAGCCAUGCUGUGCCCCCACCAAGCUCCACGCCAUCUCAGUGCUCUACUUUGAUGACAACUCCAACGUCAUACUGAAGAAAUACAAGAACAUGGUGGUGCGGGCGUGCGGCUGCCACUGAUGCCGACACCGAGGGCCGACCAUGCCGGAUUACAAGUUGGGUUUGCAAAAGGGACUCCUGGGUGUGACGUUGAACUCAGCCAGACUGUCGGUUUAAAUCCUCAUCCUGCAAGGAACGUCCACCCUGAAAGAUCGUUGACAUGAUCCAUACAAAUAUUCUUGGGACUCAGUUUUAGGAAACUUCUCCCCUUCAUUGUCGAGCCCCCUGAGCUGUCAAUCACCUCCUCCGUUGGCUGUGGAGGGUCUGCAACUGAACAAACAAAACAAUCGAUUGAGUGAGAGUGUGUGUGUGACGUGGACUUCUAGUUUGUGUAUGUGUUUAUGGAAGUGUGUGUAAGAGGCUACUGCCCUCCUCCCUAGUGGAGAGGGAGAGGGCUACACUGAACUGUUGUGGGGCCAGUCAGAGUGCUGCUUUCUGUUCCUUCUUCCAGAGGAGGCUCCAAUAAGGACCAGCAGCUUCUCUGCAGCGCAUCACCCAGUUUUAUCAAAGCCUUCAAAACCAACCAAAUAAUCAUUGACGUCACCAGGUCAAAGUAGUUUAUAGAUGGAAAACUACAAACUCAAUUGAAUGAUACAUUAGUUAUGAGAUUCAUAUUUCCUAAUCAUUUUUUUUUCUUAGGCCUUAUUUGCCCUCCUAAAAUAUAAGGACUGAACCAAAGUGACCGCUGGCUAUUUUAGUAGCGCACUGCUCCAAAUAUCCCUUCUUGUCAAUAUUUGUCGGACUCACUGCGAGCUGGUUAAACAUGGACGCAUGUUGUGGCUAAACUGAGGUUAUUCUCCAAAGAACCGAAGAAUACAGCCUUAUCCCUUCGACAUACCGCUACCGGCCAUUUCCAUGUUGCUGCACUCUCAAAGUUAACAAAUGCUUCCCCCCUCACAGCACACCAAGAGAUUGGGGUUUGUAUAGCGUCAAAAACAGUUUGUUGUAGCGUUCUGAAACGAUCCCUGAUGGUAAGUGGCAACAGCUUUCCAAUUGAAUGUUACUGUGAGCUUUGAAUGAAAAACUAACAAUCAAUACCGUAUGUGCCUAACCAAUCAUAAAUUACAAAAUAUACCUCUGGUAAGCUGCUGUUUACAUUUUUGAUCAUGUUUAGUCUGUUUUUUGUAAAUACUUGUACAUUCUCAGCUUAUUUAUUGCACCUUUUAUUAAAAAAGAAACACAUACCUUAGACAGAUGAAAGAACGAAAUGAAAAUACAAACUUAUUUUUUAUUAUGAAAUCUCAUGUUACAAUUUGCCAUUCACUUUUUGUACAAAACCCAUGGGUAGUGCACAACCCAUGACUCAUAGGGGGGAAAUACUUCUGUCACUGGAGUUCCUUAGACCAUGUGCUAUCCAUAAAAACUUAAGAGUAAAAAAAACU